AUGAUCAUAAGGUCUUCUUUAAGACCGGUGCUUCAUUCAUUCCCCAUAACGGCUUCCCUCCACCAAAAUCCACUUCUAAAUCAGAUCAAUAUUACUCUAAAAGUCAGACUAUUCAAUUCUUCUACAUCUGCUAAUAAACUCAUCUUAGCAAACUCUAAUCAAAAUGUGUCCUCACCAUUAAUACCUUUUGUGAAAAAAAACUCAAAAAAUAUCAUUAUCAACAAUAGUCUUCCCUCAUUUUUCAAAAAUUCGGCAUUUUUCACUUUAAACCAAAACAUUAAUCUCAGUAAAAAUUUUAAUUCAACUUUUUUUCAUACAAAUUCUUUUAUAAGGCUUCCUGCUAUCAAUAACGUCAUUAAAAAUAAAUCCUCAAAAAUCGUCAGUAAUGAACAAUUCGUUGCUAAAUUAUACGAAAACAUCAAAGUCACUGAAUGGGAAAUUCUUAAAGAGCUAGCUUCAAAAUUAUGGCCAAGGGACAACCCCUGGGCAAAAUUUAGAGUCAUAGUAGCCUUUGGUCUAUUAAUACUGGCCAAAGUCUUAAAUGUUCAAGUUCCCUUUUAUUUUAAACAAAUUAUCGACGAUAUGAAUAUUGAUUGGGUAGGGGAUGUUGGCACCGUUGCAACAAUAGUUGGUGGAACUAUUUUUGCUUAUGGUGCUGCUAGAUUUGGUUCUGUUUUAUUUGGUGAAUUGAGAAAUGCUAUUUUUGCAAGAGUAGCUCAAAAUGCGAUCAAUACAGUGGCUCAUGAUACUUUUGUCCAUUUAUUAAAAUUGGAUUUAAAUUUCCAUUUAUCAAGACAAACUGGUGGAAUGACAAGAGCUAUUGAUAGAGGUACAAAGGGUAUUUCUAAUGUUUUAACUGCAAUGGUUUUCCAUAUUUUACCCAUUUCUUUUGAAAUCACAAUGGUUUGUUCAAUUUUAACUUAUAACUAUGGCUCUGCUUUUGCGUCCGUAACUUUAUUAACAAUGUUAACCUACGCCAUUUUCACCAUCAAAACCACUACUUGGAGAACUCAAUUUAGAAGAAUCUCAAAUAAAGCUGAUAAUCAAGCUGCAAGUAUUGCUUUGGAUUCUCUAAUCAAUUACGAAGCCGUAAAAUAUUUCAACAAUGAACAUUAUCAGGUAUCAAAAUAUGAUAAAGCAUUGAAAAAAUAUAAUGAUGCAAAAGUUAAAGUCGCAACCUCUUUAGCAUUUUUAAAUUCUGGUCAAAAUUUUAUUUUUACUUCGGCUUUAACUUCAAUGAUGUAUAUGGCUUGUAAUGGUGUCUCAAAUGGUUCAUUGACUGUAGGAGACUUGGUUCUUAUCAAUCAAUUGGUGUUUCAAUUAUCAGUUCCUUUAAACUUUCUUGGUUCCGUUUAUAGAGAUUUAAAGCAGUCCUUAUUGGAUAUGGAAUCAUUAUUCAAAUAUAAUAAAGUCCCAAUCAAAAUUAAAGAUUCAUCUGAUGCAAAACCUUUGAUUUUAACAGGUGGAAAUAUAGAAUUUGUUAAUGUUUGCUUUGGUUAUCAUCCCGAUAGACAAAUUAUUAAAAACAUGUCCUUUAAGAUUCCUGCUGGUCAAAAAGUCGCCUUGGUUGGUCCAUCUGGUUCUGGAAAAUCAACCAUCUUAAAAUUGAUUUUCAGAUUUUAUGAUGUUGAUAGCGGCGAAAUUUUAAUUGAUGGCCAGAAUAUCAAAAACGUCUCAUUGGACUCUUUAAGAAAAGCAAUUGGUGUUGUUCCACAAGAUACCCCUCUAUUCAAUGAAAGCAUUAUUGAAAACGUUAGAUAUGGUGACUUGAAAGCAACUGAUGAAGAAGUUCAAAAGGCUAUAAAGGAUGCAAAAUUAGAUAAAUUAAUAGAAGAUUUGCCAGAUGGAGUCAACACCAUCGUUGGUGAAAGAGGUAUGAUGAUCUCUGGUGGUGAAAAACAGAGACUAGCAAUUGCAAGAUUGUUAUUAAAGAAAGCUCCAAUCACAUUUUUUGAUGAAGCCACUUCGGCUUUAGAUACUCAUACUGAACAAUCUUUAUUAAAAGAAAUUAAAACAAUAUUUCAUGAAAAUAAAAACACACAAGUUUCAAUUGCUCAUAGAUUAAGAACAAUAGCUGAUAGUGAUAAAAUUAUUGUUUUGCAAAAUGGUCAUGUUCAAGAAGAAGGUAAUCACUUUGAAUUAUUACAGCAUCCAGAUUCCUUAUAUGCUGAAUUAUGGAAUAUUCAAGAAAACUUAGAUCUUGAAGAACAAAUGUUGAAAGAGGACGAAUCAAGAGUCAAAAAAUUAAAAGAAAAAAUGCAACAAAAACUUGGUGUUUCAGCAUAA